AGUCAGCCAAACCCUCCUCCUCCUCCUCUUCCUCCUCCUUCUUCUCCUUCUCCUCUUUCUCCGCAGUCUCACACAGUGGAUCAGUGUUGAUCAUUUAGUCUAAUAGUAGAGCUGCUACUUUAGAAAUGUGACUCAGGUUGUGUGAACCUAGGAAAGUUUAUUGACUUUUUAAUCAGAGUUACUUGGACACACCAGAGCGCAGCUGGGCAGAUCGACACACUCAGAGGAUGGAGGACGGGUCUCCAGUUAAGUUAUCAGUGGCUGAACUGGCUGGAAAGUUCAAAAGUCCUCCACCGCCAGUGCCAAAGAUAGAUGAGAGAAAACGUGUUCAAAGGAGCCCUCCAUGUUCUCUGAAAUUACAUGACCAGAUGGAAAAUGCGAGUGAGACGGAGAAACUGGCUUGUACUCCUCAACCUCCACCCAAGGCCAAGCUGAAGCAUUCUCCCCUCAUUGAGAAACUGCAGGCCAGUCCCAUACUGUUACCCACUAUAUUGCUCAACUCAGCCAAAAAUCCAGAAGGGAAGCAACAGUCUGCAUUCUGUCUCAAUAAACCCUGCAGUCCCCAGAGUCCCACCCUGAGGCCCCCUCAGCAGCACGAUGCCAAUGAGGUGCCCAUCAGCUUCGAGCAACCAGCUGAGGGCACCACACUGCCCAGUUUUAACAAGAGUCGAAUCCGGCUGUCUUUCAAGCGGCGGCCACCCACCCGCCAGCACAGGAAGUCAGCUGAUGAAGAGCUGGUUCCAGACACACCUGAGGAAAACAGGUCUCUCUGUGAUCAACACGGUGGUGACAACACUCCAGACAAGAACGGCAAUACUAAGGAUGCAUCGAAUGUCCCACAGGAGGAGACACAUGAGAGCCAGGAAGACUCCACUCCUCCCAUCACUGUAAAAGACACAGAGCUGCAGGAAGAACAUGAUGAUGUGACCAAGCAAAAUGAGGGGAUUGAAGACAAUGAAGGGGAGAACAAGGAACAGAUAGCAGAGGAAAAGAGCUCAGGAAUUCCAGAGGCUUCAGAAGCUGUGGACAACCAACAAGAGGAAAAGGCACUUGAGGAACAUAGCACGGGGGAGAUGGGAGGAUCAAAGAAAGAAGAAGAAACUUUAAGAGACUCUACUGAGAAGAACAUGGAUGAAGAGGAUCAAGAUCAGGUUCAAGCUUCUGGAGACUAAACAAACAUGGACAAACAUAUAUGAAAGAUGGAGAGUAUAAUAGAGGACAUCUACCAGAGGAAGACCCCUUUCUAAAUGCAGAGACUUGUAUUUUAUAAUGCUGGACCUGGAUUUAUAUUUUCUGAUUUAUGCUCUAAGCCUUCACACUCAAAUCAACAAUGUAGCCACUACCACAGCUGUCAGCAAGCCUUGUAUGGUUACGCAUCUAACAGUGGCCUAGGAAUACUGCAGUGUGUAUUAAAUUAGGAAAGGAUAUAAACCUUUCCUGACCUUUUUCUUCUCUUUCUGGAUCAUGAUAUCAGUGUACACUUCAGAACCUCUCAUUGACUCUAAUAUUGUGUAACUGAAAAUGUAGUCUUUAAACUGUUAAUAGAAUGCAACUCCAUCAGAGUGGUGCAGAUACUGUUAAAGAGGAUGAUGUUACUAGCAGCUCUUACUAAACCUCAAAUACUAUGCAAAGUAUAUAAUGUGACAGAACAAAUUUUAACCUUUUUAAAAGUCUAAGCAUCAUUAACUAUGCAAAUGGUCCUUCAGGAAGCUUUGUUUUUAACCUCGUUCCCCCAGAUGAUAAUAUGCUGUAUAAGAAUGACUAUAGAGCUUUAUAUUGUAAUUUGUUUUGGGUUUGAAUUAUUUCUUUUUAUUAUUUUUAUGCAGUGGUUUGAUACCACCCAAAAGCUUUCAUCUAGCAGCCUAAAGUCUCACUUUCAAAAAAUAUUCAAGGUUUAUGUCCAUUCAAAAAUUAUGCACACCUACUGACCAAUCAGAUUUAAGAAUUCAAGAGCACUGGCGUAUUAAUUAAAAUGAACAAAUGCUUCUGAAAUGUUGUUACCAAAAUAGUCUACUUAAUACAUGUAAAUGGGUUAUUUGUAUUAUUGAUCUGCCAUGCAGAUGUAUCCCCAAGAAAAAUUUAUCCCUCUGCAGUGCCCACAGGGGGGCAGUCUAGCAUUUGUAAAACUCUUGAUAUUGAAUCGAAGCCAAUUAAAAAGUGCCCAUAGACAAGCUUGUAAGUAAUCAGUAUAACUCCACACCAUAAUUAAACACACUUUUUGGCCAAUUGUGUUUAACUUGCUAAUAAUAAUAAUAAUAAUAAUAAUAAUAAUAAUAAUAAUAAUAAUAAUAAUAAUAAUAAUAAUCAAUGGUUUUUAAGAGAGUUGACAGGAUUCUGUUUGAUGUAUGUAAAACCAUUUUAAAUCAUUAAAUUAGCCUUUUCAUACCUCACAUAUUUUCCCACAUGCUUCUAUGACCCACUCAUUUUCUUCCUUUUGCUUUCAAAAAUGAAAAAUUGCUUUCAUUUGUAAAAAUGAUCAUGUAGCAUCGUAGCAA